AUUGCCAGCCAGGACGUUAAUUGCUCGGAGUUUGGUUGUGGUUUAAUGUGAGUUUUAAAGUGCGCGCGCUCGUUUUGCGGUGAGAUUGUCAGUGAAGCGGAAACGAUGAGCUCUCGGGGCCAGGUGGUGUUGCCAACAUGAAGCACGGUAUCGGGGAAGAGCACAGAAUGCGCAAAAACCCUCGGGCAAUCAUUUUGUUGCUGUUCAUUUUGUUUAAUAAAGCAAGCUCCCGAAACAACAUGGCGCCCAACCACCUCCUGAACUCCGCUCUCACCUGCCGCCUCGUCGGUGGCCUCACCAGGGAACAACGAGCAACGUGCCAUGAAGCCCCUGACGCUGCCGCCAUAGCUUUCGAAGGACUCCAGCUGGCAGUCAGGGAAUGCCAGCACCAGUUCCGAUGGCAUCGAUGGAACUGCUCCAGCCUGGUGGUGAAAAGCAGCAAUCCGCAUGCCAGCGCUAUUAUGAAGAGAGGUUUCCGCGAGUCUUCCUUCCUCUACGCGCUGACCGCCGCAGGAGUGGCGCACGCCAUCGCCCGCGCCUGCGCACAAGGCAGACUCCUCUCCUGCAGCUGCGAUCCCCUUGGCUAUCCCUCUCACCCUAGAGACAGAAGACAGAAGUGGGAAUGGAGCGGCUGCUCGCAUAAUCUUGCGUUCGGGAUCGAAUUCUCGAGGAAGUUUCUCGAUGCGAGGGAGAAGGUGGAUGAUUUGCAGUCAAGGAUCAAUGUGCACAAUAAUGAUGCUGGAAGAUCGAUCUUGUCAUCCCACAUGGAGGUUCGGUGCAAAUGCCACGGCCUCUCCGGCAGUUGCCAACUGCGAACUUGCUGGCGAGCCACGCCCGACUUCAGGGUAGUGGCUUCCACCAUCAAACGACAAUAUAGGAAGGCUUUAAUAGUAGCACAGGAAGAGCUAAACAACGGAUUCUCCGUAUUACGAGGACGACCUCGGGGCAGGAGGCGAAGUCGAGCGCGACCAGCACCUAAAACUAGUCUCUUGUUCUUUGAAAAAUCCCCGAGUUUCUGCGAAGUAGACCCGAAGACGGACUCCGCCGGCACUUCGGGUCGUGUCUGCCGGAUCGGGCGUACCUCACGCUCAGGUUCCUGUGAUUUGCUCUGUUGUGGACGAGGCCAUGCUCUCAUCAGGAAGUCCAGUAUUAAGCCCUGCAAUUGCACGUUCCAUUGGUGUUGUCGUGUGGACUGUCAGAGGUGCAGGGACGAUAAGUGGGUGGCUGUGUGCAAGUGAGCUGCUCGUGAAAGUGUGAUCUCCACGGACUCUUGAUGGAUACGGAACACUAGGAAUAAUACCGGCAAGUUGAUGUAAUAGGAGGAAAGAGGACUGGAUAUUAUUUUGAACAUCAUUUAUUGGAUGAGGAAGUCGUCGUAUUAUUUGGGUUCAGUUGGACGAUUUAA